AUGACCUAGAGGCCUUACAUUUCUGCAUCCUAUAUACUCUACAAUCAAGAAAAUUGAACCCUGAAAGCACCACUUAGUAAUAUUAAAAGGAAACUACCUCAGCACCAAGAAGCAAAAGUGGAAAGGCUUGCAAUAAAAAGAAAAGAAAACAUAUGUUAUGAAUAAAGUGUAGUAGCAAAGACUCUAGAAAAAUAUAUGCUUUUUUCAGUAUUAAGAUGGGAUUUGACUGACGGGCUCUGUCAAAUCAAGAAGUUAUUUUGUCUGCUGAUGUUAAGACUCAGUGAUUCUUCAAGAAUAGUCAUAGUCUGCAUUACUCAUCACUGUUGAGCAGUGAUUUUGCUUUUCCUUUCCUAAUACUAACUGAAGAAAAAUAUAACAAUGGUACUAAUUUUUAAACAUGAGAUUUCUUCAGUUUAAAACAAUAUUAACACCAGGUGUCAGAAAUGCAUUGACAAGAAAACUACAGCAAAUGGUUUUUGUGUCUUGUACAUUGCAACAACAUUUUGGGUGCCCACUGUAGGAUGCUUAAGGAGGAAAUAGUAUUUUUAGUUACCACCACUUGCUUUUAUGAUUAUAAUUUGUAAUUGCAGCAGUGCUGCAUUUGAACAACAAAUUGUACAAGUCAGCAAAACAGCUGCCAUUUUCACUACUGACACCUAGUAUCUAGAUUUUUUUUUCAAAUGCCUUUUCUGAAAAUUAUGUAAAUGCUCCUCCUGUGCUAUUGCUACACAUAGAUGGAUUUCCAAGAGAGCAACUCAUGAGAAUGAAUUAAUUCAAAAAACCCUUGGCCAAGUACUUCCUUAUGUAUUGCUGCAGUGCACAAGAAAGUAAAAUGGACUAUAAGCGGCGCUUUUUGCUUGGCGGGUCCAAGCAAAAAGGGCAGCAACACCAGCAGUAUCAAGUGCCAGAACUGGGCAAGACUCUGGGCGCCUCCUUAGCAUCUUCAGCUCCAACCUCUCCUCUGGUUUCCCUGGCUGCUGCUGGCAGCUGCAGUCACGCGACUCCAGUCGCAGACCUCCAGCAGGGAAUCUCCAAAUACCUAGAUGCACUCAAUGUAUUUUGUCGUGCAAGCACUUUCCUCACAGACCUUUUCAGCAGUGUAUUCCGGAACUCGCACUAUUCUAAGGCAGCUAUGCAACUGAAGGACGUGCAGGAACAUGUCAUGGAGGCAGCAAGUCGACUCACAGCAGCAAUAAAACCAGAAAUUGCAAAAAUGCUCAUGGAACUUAGUGCUGGAGCAGCCAACUUUAAAGAUCAGAAGGAGUUCAGCCUACAGGACAUUGAGGUACUUGGACGCUGCUUUUUGACCGUGAUGCAGGUUCAUUUUCAGUUUCUAUCCCAGGCUUUGCAGAAAGUCCAACCAGUGGCUCAGUCAUGCUUCAUUGAGGCUGCAGCCCAGGAGAGAAAAAAUUCUAGCUUGAGUGAGACAUCCAGCACAAACCCCCCAACCGAACUGGAUGAAGCAGUGCGGUCAUGGAAGGGAGCAACAGAGGCCACUUCACGGCUUCGAGAGAAAGAGGGAGGACGUGAUGGCGGUUUGGCUGGAAUCGAGGUCCAGCAACUCUUCUGCUCUCAGAAUGUGGCCAUUCCAGAGCACCAGCUAAAAGAAUUGAACUUGAAAACAGACAGUGCUUUGCAGGCAUAUAAGAUUGCUUUGGAAAGUUUGGGUCACUGUGAAUAUGCAAUGAAGGCCGGUUUCCACUUGAAUCCAAAGGCAAUUGAAGAAAGCUUGCAGGGCUGCUGCAGUGAAGCUGAAGCUCAGCAGACGGGACGGAGACAGACUCCCUCUCAGCCUAUUCAGUGUGAGCUGCCGACAAUUCCCAUCCAGAUAGGGGCCCACUUUCUGAAAGGAAUAUCCUUCAAUGAAUCUGCAGCAGAUAACUUAAAACUGAAAACG